GCCGUUGGAGCGAGAAAAGCUGGGGAACUCGAGGCUGUGGUGGGCACCGGGUUUUUGUCAGACUUGAAACGAGAAUAGACACGUUAGUGGAUGACGAGGAACGCGAGUGUUGGCGGAGGACUCUGGAGUGAAGCUAAAAUGGCCGGUUUAUGGGUCCAGUGAACUCUCGCUGUGUGCCAAAAGGCUUCUGAAUAUGGACCGGCUUUUGAGGCCGAGACCGGGUUCGGUCAGUGACUUCCAGUUUGGAGCGGUUGCCACGGAAACCAUCGAAGACACUCUGCUUCACUUGGCGCAGCAGAACGAACAAGCCGUGCAGGAGGCUGCGGGACGCAUGGGCAGCUUCAGGGAGACCCGCAUCGUGGAAUUUGUUUUUCUCCUGUCUGAACAGUGGUGUCUGGAGAAAUCUGUCAGCUACCAGGCUGUAGAAAUCCUAGAAAGAUUUAUGGUUAAGCAGGCAGAGGACAUCUGCAUGAAAGCCCCAAUCCAGCUGAGAGCUAAUGAGAAAACAGAGUCUUGGAAUUGGAAGGCUCUGAAAGAGCAACUUUUCAACAAGUUUAUUCUCCGUCUGGUGUCAUGUGUUCAGCUGGCGAGCAAACUUUCCUUCCACUACAAAAUAAUAAGCAACAUUACAGUCUUGAAUUUCCUCCAGGCUCUAGGUUAUCUGUACACUAAAGAAGAACUGCUAGAAUCAGAGCUUGAUGUUUUGAAGUCCUUGAACUUUCAGAUAAAUCUGCCUACACCUCUGGCAUAUGUGGAGAUGCUCCUUGAAGUUUUAGGUACUUCACUAGGCCAGAAAAUAGAAAAGUUUAUCUCAGUGAAAGAAGACUUUAUGCUGUUGGCAGUUGGAAUCAUCGCAGCAAGUGCUUUCAUCCAAAACCAUGAGUGUUGGAGCCAGGUUGUGGGGCAUUUGCAGAGCAUCACUGGCAUUGCUGUGGAGAGCAUUGCUGAGUUCUCUUAUGCAAUCCUGACUCACAGUGUGGGGGCCAACACUCCAGGACGACAGCAACCUGCUCCUCCCCACUUGGCAGACAGAGCUCGCAGGGGUGCUGCUUCCUCAACAUGAGGCAGACUGAGCCCCCCAAAUAUAAACACCUAUCACUAUACUCUUCCCUCUAUUUGUUUACUUUCAUAUUCAAGGCACAAAACUUCUAAGUCUCCUUUGAACUGUACUUUGUAUUCUAAUUCCAUGCAUAUUUUUCUGAAUCAGCUAAAGUGGACAAGUUUGCCUUUUUUUUUUUGGUCCUAUCAGACUAAAAAUGUCAAAGAACUAAGAGGAAACAGGUUAGUGAAGUUGUUUUUUAACAAGUAGUUCAUGGCUUUUCUUUUAACCUCAUUUCAUGAACAGGGAACAUCAGACAUGGAGAUAAGUAUUAACCUGGAUCUUAAAAAGACUAUUUAUUUGGUUGCUGACUAUUGUUGAAAUUGCCUUUAUUUCCCUUUAAUUUCCUCUCUGUCAUGUUACUGAGAUCUAUACAAAUGACUUCCUCUACAGUCAUCUUCACUAGGUUUUUGUUGUUUUUUGGUGAUACUGGGGUUUGAACUCGAUGCCUUGUGUUUACCUAGUAAGUGCUUUACCCAUUAAAAGCCACACCUCCAGUACAGAUUGUUUUGUAACUCAAAUGUC